AAUUUGUUGAUUUCAAUAAAACUUAAGUGUUUUUGUUGUUUUUGCACUGCUUUUGUUGUUUAAAGAAAAAUUUUAACUUCAAAAACUUACAGUUUUAUCAAUCGUAAUUUUUUUUAACCCCUAAACCAUAUUAAGCCGUGAACUAAAGCUACCAAAACUCUAAAAAUAUGGUUUUGAUGCAAAACCCUUAUUUAAGUCUUCAUGACCUCGAAAUUGCUAAUUAUCAAAUUGAAGAUGCCUGGAAAAUUGACACUCCUCUUGGAGAAAAAUUUAUCUUGCAAUUGACGGAUAAGGCUAGAGUUCUUUUUCCAUUUAAUAACAAAUAUGUAACAGAGGAUAAUUUUAAAGAAUUACCUGGAUAUUGGAUGAGCGUAACUGGAAAUGAUUUAAUUUUCAGAAAAACAAUAAAAGAAAUUCAGGAGAUAUUUGGUGCAUAUGAUGAUGAUGAAAAUGAAGACAUUUCCUUAGUAUUCAGAGCUUAGUUUAAUAACAUAAUGAUGCUGAUAAAAUAAGUUAUUCUAAAAUUACAAAUAACAUAGACAAAAUAAUAAUAAAACAAAUUUUAAGUAAACUACAUUAUGUAUAUGUAUACCUGAAUUUAUUUACUUAAAAUAUCUUUGUUCUGUUUUUUAUUUCUUCAAAAUUAUUUUGACAGAUGAACAUUUCAUGAUGAUCAAAAACAGUCGUAAGAGUAGAACCCUUUUUGCUUCGACGUUGCU